ACCAAAUAGCCAACUUAUGCUUCUCACAAUACAGCUUCUCCAUGGUUACCUCACACCCUUCCCUUUCCUUCACUGCAAGGCUACACAUUUUUGGCAACUUCUGCGUCAACUAUUACGUCGAUAACCCUUUCUCGACCAACGUUUCCCUUCAAUACUUUCGUGAUGCUACCGUUGCUGUCGCUAGAACAGGUUUUGAUACCAUCACUAUGUCUCUUGAUAACCCUUUUCAAGCCACGUUGAUAUCAGAGAAUUCAUCUCCUUUAGGGCCUGUGCCAAAGUCCAAACUAUGUUUGCCGCUAUUUGCAUUUAUCCCAGCGGUGCAAGACGCUUCAGUUAUAAGAGCUAGACAUUUCAACGUUAAAGCUGAAUGCUUUAAUUACAUCCUAUACCAUAUACCUGUCUUCCCAGAUACUCCAGUUUAUAUUACUACAAUGGUUUCACGAGUCACAUUCUCAACUGCAUCGCAGGAGUUUAUGCUUACCGCAGAGGCUGGACAAUGUUCAACGGUGGGCUAUGGAUUUGAGCAUACUCAGUACCGAGUUCUUCUUAAGCCAAGGUUAUUUUUCAGUAGUUUGCCAUUAAUAACAGGCAAAUAUAUAGGUUUUUAUGGCACCACACUUUCUGGCUGCCUAAUGGUUGUCCCAACUAAUAGUCUAUUGGUUUCAUAUCUCAUCCAUUUUCUUCCCGUCUGACAAAUUAUUCAAUGAGAUCGGUCACUGUCAGAUGUAGAUCCGAAAAUAUGUCAAUCUUACAGAAAAUUCAUCGAUUCAUUGUACCGUUUCUAAAUCUUUUCAUUUGUAGCAAUAACUCUCGGGCCUUGCAAAUAUUA